AUGGUCGAAACUGAAAACCAGCGAUUUAAACAUCAUGAAAUGUAAGUUUCGGUGGUUUUUUGGUAAUUGAGGAAAUUAAGGAUGGCUUGAAAUUAUUGUCACUUGUUUUUUCGUGGGUUCUUCUAUUUAUUUUUUGUUUUUCAGGUACUUCAUAGUCCAAAGGUCCAGGAGACGGAUAAAAAAUAAAAAAAAAGAAAAAAAAAGACAAAAAAAAGAAAAAAAAAUAUAAAAAAGAAAAAAAAGAAAAAAAAAAUUUUUUAAGUCACCUUUACUCUUCUUCUCUGUAAAGUUUAACUCCACUAUCGUUUUCCACCAUUUUUAUCUAUGUAAGUUGCCAUUUCAUCCUUUAUUUUAUCCCGGAUUUUUCUUGAAUUAUCUGAUCUAUAUUUUCAGAUUUCCGAGCUCAGAUCAAUGGACAUCUUUGGAACACAUUUCCCGGCCCAGCUAUUUCAACUACGCCAAUAUCGACCCAGGACGGCACCCCUACAUGGUCGAAACUGAAAACCAACGAUUUAAACAUCAUGGAAUGUAAGUUUUGGUGGUUUUUUUGGUAGUUGGGGAAAUUAAGGAUGGCUUGAAAUUAUUGUCACUUGUUUUUUCGUGGGUUCUUCUAUUUAUUUUUUGUUUUUCAGGUACUUCAUAGUCCAAAGGUCCAGGAGACGGAUAAAAAAUAAAAAAAAAAGAAAAAAAUAUAAAAAAGAAAAAAAUAUAAAAAAGAAAAAAAUAUAAAAAAGAAGAAAAGAAAAAAAAUAUAAAAAAGAAAAAAAAAGAAAAAAAUUUUUUUUUAAGUCACCCUUACUCUUCUUGUCUGUAAAAUUUAACUCCACUAUCGUUUUCCACCAUCUUUAUCUAUGUAAGUUGCCAUUUCAUCCUUUAUUUUAUCCUCGAUUUUUCUUGAAUUAUCUGAUCUAUAUUUUCAGAAACCGAGCUCAGAUCAAUGGACAUUUUUGGAACACAUUUCCCGGCCCAACUAUUUCAACUACGCCAAUAUCGACCCAGGACGGCACCCCUACAUUGUCGAAACUGAAAACCAACGAUUUAAACAUCAUGGAAUGUAAGUUUUGGUGGUUUUUUUGGUAAUUGAGGAAAUUAAGGAUGGCUUGAAAUUAUUGUCACUUGUUUUUUCGAAGGUUCCUUAAUUUGUUUUUUUAUUUUCAGAGCUCCAAGACUUCUUCAUUGCAUGCGGAAUAAAAAAAAAAUAAAAAAAAAAAUUUAA